GUCUGAUUACUAGAAGUUGCCGGUUCCCCGUUCAAUGAGGAAUAAUCUUCUAGGUCCUGUGCCAGGGGCAUAUACGCACAUGUGAAUACCAGAAGAACAGUUGCGCAUGAUCCGUUGAAGCAAAAACAAGGAGAAGUGGUUACCGGUGAUGUACCUGUAAGAUUGUUUCACUGGUUAUGACCUGCUAUAUAUAAGUGUGCGUGUGUGAAUUUCAUCGAGUAGCUUAAUUAGAAAUCGAAUGAGUUUGAUUCCAUUACAAGGAAGAAAGGUUAUGUCUUGCCGUUGGAAUCAAGAGACAUCUUCAUUGACCUUCCCGCCAACUUCUACCUAUAAACUUGGCCCCUUUCGUCUGCCCCGACUCUUUUAAAGCUCUUCUCACAACCUGACUAUGCAUUGACGGGAGUCGGUUUCAAUUUCCUUUGUUCAAUCGUCAGCAUGACACAUCAGGAUAGCCAGAUUCAGAGUGGGGAGAUGUCUUACGAUUUUGAUAUGCAGCUCAUAGGGAACUUCCUGAGCUUUGCGUCGAGAGGGGAUCGGGUGGGACUUAGUCAGAUGCUGAGGGAGGGGAUUUCCCCGAAUGUGCAGGACUAUGACAAGCGGACUGCCUUGCACUUGGCUGCGAGCGAGGGCCAUGCCCCUAUCGUCGAGCUUCUUGUCCUCUACAAAGCCAAUGUCAACCCCAAAGACCGCUGGCGCCACACGCCCUUAACUGAUGCGAGACACUACGAACACCGAGACAUAUGCAGGAUUCUUGAAGUGAAUGGUGGCAUCGACUUUAUCAACGAUCAACCAAUGACAGUUAGAAACGAAAAGGACUCGAAUGAGGUGAAAAUCGAUAUCUCAGAACUAAAUAUGCAGCAGUCUUCCAUCAUAGAUCAGGGUAAGUAUGGAGAAUCCGAGAAGGUGAAGUGGCGGGGAACGUGGGUCGUGAAGACUGUUAUCAAGAGACAAAUCCAGCAUCGCGUUACAGUGAUAUUGUCUGCUAAGGACAACACCCUCCUAAGAGAACUCAGACACCCCAACAUACUGCAGUUCCUCGGUUCGAUCAUUCAUGGGGAGGAAAUGAUCCUCAUCUCGGAAUAUCUACCAAAGGGGAACCUCGAUGAUAUCAUGAGCAAGAAAACUAGACUCGACCUACAGACUGCUCUGCGUUAUGCACUCGAUAUCGCUCGGGGAAUGAAUUACCUGCACCAGCACAAGCCAUUCCCCAUAGUUCACAAUCAUCUCAAUCCCAGGAACUUGUUGCAGGAUGAAGGCGGACAUUUGAAAAUCGGGGAAUACUGGGUCCAUAUGCUGUGCGAGCAGAUCCAUCCGAAUCAAGACAACGGCCAAAGAAAGAUUAAAUCAGGCAGCAGGAGCAGCCCUUCUAGCGACACCAAAAGAGAUAUCCAUUCGUUCGGGUUCAUACUCUAUCAGAUGCUUGAAGGCGGGCAUGAAUUUCCCGACUCGAACUUCGACUGCACACACGCAGUGCUGGUCGACUUCCAACCAAAGUUUCAGCAUAGCAAAUGUCCCCUUAGAAUUCAACAAUUGAUCGAGCAAUGCACGAGCAGAACCCCAGUCAAAGAACCUUCUUUUACGUCUGUCAUACAAAUCCUCGAGGAAGUGUCCGAGACUGCUCAAAUGCAGGGAAGGGCUCCGUGCCCAGUUUGCUGAGCCACUUCGAAUACACAGUUGUUCCCUCUUCUUCCGAUGGUACGAUGAAUGUCUAUCUGUCUAAACUACGUGCAUAAUAGUCAAGGACCAUUUCUCAGACAUCCUCGAUGUCUCGGUCACCUAGAUAAGUUCGCGAUAAAACGAUGUCCUAGAUCAUUUUCCUAGACACUUCUCGGCACCUCGACGGGCAUGCCCACUAAGACAUUGUUAAUUUGGUAAGUGGCGUGCCUGCAACUGUCGAUAUAUUACAAGUUCCAGAAGAUAAAUGUAUGUUAUGAGAAGAAAUUGACAGGAAGUAGAGAGGAAUGUCAGGACGAAAUAAAUAAAUAAAUAAAUAGAAGUGCACCGACGAUCCCGUGACGGCAGCGGGGUCAGGCUAUUCUAUAUUUCAGCGGAGACACGGGAACCGACGUCGCCCAGCUCUUCGUCCUCUCCGAACUUAACGGUGGAAUUCAUGAAGCUUUCUUAUCCUAAAGUAACCCCACCGAAAAAAAAAAGUCAAUGUUCUUAUAUUAUAUAUAGAUAUAGAUAUAGAUAUAUAUUUUUCCUCCAUUUUAAUUUUCGGGUCAAUGCCAAAUUUUUUAAAAAAAGAAAUUUAAUUAAUGCUUA